AUGAGUGGUGUUAAUAUCAUGUCGAUUUCAAUGAACUCGGCUGGCUCUUCUGAUACGGCUUCUUUAACAAGUCGAAGAACUUUUGGCGCGAAAAAAUGGGCGCUCGCUAUUUUUGAUGAACGAAUUUAUCAAAUUGUAAAUGUUAUCCAUCCUGGACUUCCUAUUGAAUAUGAUGCAGUUGAACAUAUACGAAGUUUUUUGCAAAAUAUUGUUUGUGAGGUAUGACUCAUUUAAAAUGUUUUUAUAAUUAUGAUAAUUAUGACUCAUUAAAAAUGUUUUUUCUCUUCAGAUCGUUGAUCAAAAAGCAACAACAGUUAUAGAAAUCGAUCGAAUUGCUCGAAAACUUUUUGGAGCUGGUCUCCAAUCUGUUGUCAAAGAUGCUUGGGAUAAUAUGCAAAGUCAAACAACAAAACAUAAAUUUCAAAAAUCGGCAAAUGCAAAAAAAGCGAUAGAAAAUCAACAUAAACUUGCGGGAUUCAUCAAAGAAACAUUGGGUCCACGAGAAAAAGAAAAACGCGAUCGAGAAAAACGAGAAAUCGAAAAAAUGGCUAGUUAUAUUUAUUUCGCAUGCGAAAGUAUUGCUGAAGAUAUUAUUAGAUUGACCGGAAAUUAUGUGAAAAAUAUUCGAAAUUCUGAUCCAAAAAUCACAUUUGCAAAUCUUGAUGUUGCUUUGAAUGCUGAUCGAGCAUUGAUGGAAUUACGGAUAAAAUUGAAGAAUGAAGAAGAGGCUGAAUCGCCUGGAGGAUUUGGAUUUCUUGCCGAAUUUGAUGAAUUUGUAUCGGAAGAAACGGAGAAUAAAAAUGUUGCAAAUGAAAGUAGCAAUAAAUCAAAAAGUUCAACAAAAUCCACAUAUGAAUCGGUGGGUUUGAAACUUUGUAGUAGAGACAAAUAUGAGCAAUGUUUUGGAAUUCUAGGCCAAUUUCUCAUUUUUCAAAAUUACGUGUUUACGUGACCAAUAAAAAAAUGGGAAAUAUUAUCAUUUCUAAAAUCUUUUUUCACAGAUCGCUGUCGAAUUUCUUCGCGAUGAACGUCGUUUUAUUCGAGAACUCAAUCGAAUAAACGUUUUCCGUCGACGAAUUGAAACUGUUGCCAUCGAUGAAGAUCGAAUUUAUAUUCAAGAAUUAUUCGGAAAUCUUCCCGACAUCUACGAACUCGCCUUGAAAAUUGAAAGAACUUUGGAAGACGCCAUUGAACUUAGUGAUACACAAUGUAUUGGAAUGGGAAUUUGGGAUUUAGCUGAAGCAUAUGAAUUCGAUGCUUAUAUCUCUUAUAUUGUUCGUGAGACUGAUGAUGGUGAAAAAAGAAUAGUAACUGAUGUUGUGAAUGAGACAAUUGAGGAAUUAUUGAAUAAUGAGAGAUGUGCAAGAUUAUUUGAGGCAGAGGAUCAUUUAUUUAAUAGCUCGCUAGAUGGACAAAGCUUCAAAUUAGCUGUUCAAUAUGUUCUUCCACAACUUUUACAUAUCCCACUUUUCCAUAUUUUUCAAUACGUGGAAUAUAUUAAUGUAAGCUUUAUUAUUUUAAUCAGAUGAGGCUUUUAUAAAAAAAUUUUUGAUUUAGAAACUUUCUCGAUUAUCGUCGACUGAUGAAGAUCGCACUGAUCUAAACAACUGUCGAAGUGCUUUAAGUGGAGUUCGAACAAAUAUUGAUACGAUUUGCUCAGAAUACCCGAACACUAAACUCAUGAUAUCCUCAUUUUUGUUAGUUUUAAAAUUUUCUUCACUAAAAUCUUCUCCAUUUUUUCCAAAAAAUCUUUUUUUUUAGGGAUCAGCUAACGAAAAGUGAGAAGAUUUACAAUGUGAAACGACUUCAUGACAUACAAUCAUCGAUUGAGGGAUUUACGGGAAGUCCGAUUGGAAAAACGUGUAAUGAAGUUGAAAAGGAGGGAUUUGUUGGGAUGGUUCGACCGUCUUUGAUGUAUGCGGCGAAUGAAACGGUGACCAAGAAUAAGAAGUGGAAGACUGAAAGGUGAGGGAAUUUUCUGGUAUAAAAUUUUGUUGGGGAAAACAUUUAGGGAGUUUAUAAAUUUUUUUAGAACUUCCCUUGUCAGAAGUUCAUCAUCAUUUUUCUCAUCAAACCCCCCCCCCUUCCAAAUUCCUAAAAAUAUUUUCCAGAUUCAUUUAUUUGUUCGAUCAAUUGAUUUUGUUUUGCAAGAAGAAUAAGAAUGGUUUGAAAUUCAAAGAUCGAGUUGCUGUACAUUCGAUGGAUGUGUUUGAUAUUCCGGAUUCUGAUGGUACUCUACUUUAAUUUUUUUUUAUCCCAAAAUACUUUUGUUUUUCCCAGGAAUCCCUUAUUCGUUUCGAAUUGUAUCACGGGAUAAAACUUGUCUACCAAAAUCAUUUCAAAUUGUCUGCAAAUCAAUCGAUGAAAAGAAACAGUGGAUGGAAGUUUUAGUGAGAGUUACAACGAAAAGUGUGCUUGACAGAAUAUUGGAUAAUUUUGAAAAAGAUGAAGCCAAACGGAUACCAUUGAUUAUUCCUGGACCUGAACAAUAUCGGUUUUCCGAGCCGGAUACUGAAGAAAAUAUAAGUUUUGAGGAUUAUACUUCGAGUAGUGGAAUUCCGGUGAUAAAAAAUGGAACGGUUUUGAAGUUAAUUGAAAGAUUAACAUAUCAUUCUUAUACGGAUAGCAAAUAUAUACAAACAUUUUUGAUCUCAUUUCGAUCUUUUUGCACACCAAAUGAUUUAUUGAGUAUGCUUUUGGAACGAUUUAAUAUUCCGAUACCAAAUAAAUUACAACAUAAUCAAAAUAAAGGAGGAGGUCCAUUAGCUGGAAGAUAUGAUACUGUACAAUCACAUGGUUUAUCAACAACAUCUGCAUAUUCUCCAUUAUACGAGCAAAGUUUUCAAAGAUUUCGAAAAGAAUAUGAAAGACCGGUUCAGUUGAGAGUUUUGAGUGUUAUCAAUCAAUGGGUCAAAUUUCAUUGGUAUGAUUUUCAAUGUGAUUUGGUUUUGCUGGAAGCGUUGGAAAGAUUUUUGCAAAAAUGUUGUGAUCCGCGAGAGAAAUUGACUAAACAACACAAGAAGUUUUGUAAAACAAUCUUGGCGACGAUCGAAAAACGAAUGAAAUGUGGAAUUGAUGAGAGGAAUUGUGGAAAUAUGGGAGAAAAUGAGGAGGGACAUGUGAAUAGUGCUUUUGUUUAUGGAGAGGAUAAUCAACCGCCAGCUUAUGCUAAUGAUGAGAGAAGGGAAAUGACUGAGAAUUUCAAGUUACAGCCACCGAUGGUAAGAGAUUGGGGGGGGGGGGGGGUAUUUUCAACACAAUAAAAAAAAAAAGAAAAAUUUUAAAAAUCAAAAUUUUGCGCUAAAAAUGUCCACCAAACCUAAGAAAUAAAAAAAAAUUGUGACACUGAAAAUUUUGCACAAAAAACCUCCGAAACAUAGAGAAAAUUCUUUUUUUUUAAUUUUAAUCAAGAUUUUAUAUUCUGAUUUUUCUUUCGGAGCAAUUUUUUGAAAAUCAAAUUUCUGCGCGAAAAAUCCACAUCUUAAAAAACUUGAGGAUAAAAAUCUGGAAAUUCAAAUUCCUCCGAAAACCAAAAUUCAAGGUUUUUCCUUAGAAAAAAAAAUGUAUUUUUUAUUUGAAAAUUCGAAAAAUCAGAUUUGUUGGAUUUUUUCAGAAAAUUCCAAUUCAAAAGCCAAAACUUCCUUAUUUAUUAGAAGAGAAUAUAAAAAAUUUGAAAUAUAAAAAUUAAAAAAAAACUUGUUACACUAAAAAUUUUGUUUAAAAAAACCUCAGAAACAUAGAGAAAUUUCCUUUCACCAAGAUUUUAAAUUCUGAUUUUUUUCGAAUUCUCUGGACAUAUGUGCUCCAAGAAACGAAAAUUAAUUUUUUGAAAAUCAAAGUUCUGCGCCAAAAAAUCCACUUGAGGAUUUUUUUUUUUUUGAUUCUUGGAAAAAAUCUGGAAAUUCAAAUUCCUCCGAAAACCAAGAUUCAAGGUUUUUCCUAAAAAAAAAUGUAUUUUUAGUUUGAAAAUUCGAAAAAUCAGAUUUUUGGAUUUUUAUCAGAAAAUUACAAUUCAAAAGUUUAUCUUUUUCAGCACAAAAAUCAUAAAAAUUUCCUUAUUGAUUUUUUUGCAGACCCUCUGGCAUACUGCUCUCAAAGGCGAUAUUGAUAAUUAUGAUCUUCUAACUCUUCAUCCUCUCGAAAUUGGAAGACAAUUAACACUUCUACAUUUCGAUUUAUAUCGAGCAAUUCAACCGAUUGAAUUAGUCGAAGCCGCGUGGACAAAACACGACAAAUAUCGCAAAAGUCCGCAAUUGCUCAGAUUAACCGAUCAUUCGACGUUGGUGAGUUGAUUUUUUUUUUGAAUUUUCAGGUCAACAUUUCGAGAAUUUGCAGCUAACAUAUUGGGUGUCAAAAUCGAUUGUUGAAACGGAAUCACUUGAAGAACGAGUUGCAAUGUUCAAUCGAGCACUCGAAGUUAUGUCGGUUUUUGAGGAAUUGCACAAUUUCACGGGAUUGGUUGCGUUUUUGGCCGCACUUCAAUCGUCGUGUGUUUUUAGACUCAGUUGGUGUUGGGAUGUGAGUUUUUUCUGAGAAUUGGAAUUUUUGAGAAGAGUUUUUUGCUUGAAAAUGAAGAAUUCAGCUCUAAAAAAUUUCAAGUUCAUUAAAAUAAUUUUAAAUCCUCCUGUUAAAAUUAUUUGAAUUUUCAAAAUCAAAUUUUGAGAACACUAAAGUUACCUUAAUUUUUGAAAAUUCAAAGAUCUUCAAAUCUCUGGUUUCUAAACCUUCUGAUUUAUAAAUUAUAUUUUUUUCAAUUUCCAUGUUUCAUAUUCAAUUUCCUUAUAAUAUCUUUCCAGAACGGAAAUCCGAAUUUCAACAAACAUCAGAUUUUUUGAGAUCAAAGUCUAGGAUUUCCCCCAAAUUUUCUUACUCAACAUUUGGAACAGUCUUCAUCCAAAAUCCAUUUUCUUUCCAGCGUCUCGACAAUGAAAAACAAAAAUGUUAUUCCCGUUUCGUUACACUUUGCGAACCCCGAUGGCAAGAAAUGCAAAAACGACUCCAAAACAUCAAUCCACCGUGUGUCCCAUUCUUCGGUCACUAUCUUUCCAAUAUUUUCUUCUUCGAACAAGGCAACAGCACUUUUGUAAAAAAUCCGCCUGGCGGAGGCGGAAAUGCGGCUGGUCGCAAGGAAAAUGUGGAUAUUUCAACGGAUAACAAACGAGUAUUGGUGUCGUUUUUGAAGUGCCGCCGGAUUUCGAAUUUGAUAAGAGAGAUUCAAAUGUAUCAGAAUGAGCCGUAUCCGCUGGUUUUGGAGCCGAGUAUAAGGGUGGGUUUUUUGGACAUUGGGAACGGGAGAGGUUUGGGACAGGCUUAA